ACCCACACAUACACACACACCACACCCCUCGACCCCUCCUUUCUUCACUUUUCUAGUUAACCCCACCUCUUCCUUCCCGGCCCCACCCCGCAGCCAGCAACGUUUCAGCACCACGGAAAGCGGACAGCUCCUUCGCGCGCUCUCGCUCGCUCUCCCCAAACACACAAGCAUAAAACACUACCAGCCUGCGCUCUUCCUCGCUGGCGCUGCUCCUUUUCAAGAGAAGAACUGUUUUGAUUUGCCUCCGUCCGAUCUUUGCCUUUGAUCUGUCCAGCAAACCUCACUUCUUCUGCCGAGAAAGCGGGAAGAGAAAAGGGUUCCACAAUGAAUGCAGCCCGGAGGUCAGCCAAGGUGGACUCGGAGGUGACAGAGUCCCAGAUGGAGCCGUCCCUCAAUGCCACCGAAAUGCCCACCAAAGAGAACGUUUUUUCUGACUUGAAAGACAAGUUCAUGAACAAGCUGGGCGACCUGCCAAUCCCGCCCUGGGCUUUGGCCACCAUCCUCAUAGUGGCCGGCCUCCUGCUUCUCUGCUGCUGCUUCUGCGCCUGUAAGAAAUGCUGCGGCAAGAAGAAGAAAGGCAAGAAAGGCAAAGACAAAGUGAAGGCCCAGAUCAACAUGAAGGAGGUGAAGGAACUGGGCAAGAGCUACAUCGACAAGGUCCAGCCUGAGAUAGAAGAUUUGGAUCCAUCUCUGCUGCAGGAACCCAAGGAAGAAAAGCCUCAGGAGAAGCUGGGGAAACUCCAGUACUCACUUGAUUAUGAUUUCCAAAGCACCCAGUUGGUGGUGGGCAUUCUGCAAGCUGCUGACCUGCCAGCCUUGGACAUCGGUGGCACCUCGGACCCUUACGUCAAAGUCUUCCUGCUCCCAGAGAAGAAGAAGAAAUAUGAGACCAAAGUGCACCGCAAAACCCUCAACCCCACAUUCAACGAGUCCUUCACUUUUAAGGUCCCCUACUCGGAACUGGGCGGCAAGACCCUCGUCAUGGCCGUCUACGACUUUGACCGCUUCUCCAAGCACGAUGCCAUUGGUGAGAUACGCAUCCCCAUGAACACGGUGGACCUGGCCCACGUCAUUGAAGAGUGGCGGGACCUGCAGUCGGCGGAGAAAGAAGAGCAUGAGAAGCUGGGAGACGUCUGCUUUUCUCUCCGGUAUGUCCCUACGGCUGGGAAGCUGACAGUUAUUGUGCUAGAAGCGAAAAACCUGAAAAAAAUGGACGUGGGGGGCCUUUCAGACCCCUAUGUUAAAAUCCAUCUCAUGCAAGGAGGGAAACGUAUCAAGAAGAAGAAAACAACCAUUAAGAAAAACACACUGAAUCCCUAUUACAACGAGUCGUUCAGUUUUGAGGUGCCAUUUGAACAAAUCCAGAAAGUCCAGGUUGUUCUGACGGUCCUGGAUUAUGACAAACUGGGCAAAAACGAAGCCAUCGGGAAGAUCUUUGUGGGCUGCAACGCCACGGGGGCCGAGCUGCGCCAUUGGUCUGACAUGCUGGCCAAUCCUCGGAGACCCAUUGCGCAGUGGCACACCCUGCAGCCUGAAGAAGAGGUGGAUGUGGCUGUUGGCAUAAAGACCUCUUGAUGCCCCUCCCUUGUUGGCCGAAGGAUCUGGCAACAGUUGCUUCUCCCGUCCAGAGCGAAUGGGAGUGUGUGGUUGAGGCACCCCUGAAAAUGUGCACGUGUGUGGGGAGGGGGAGAGCCUGUGAGCCUGUCUCUUCUCUCAGAGCCAUUUCCUGUUGAAAAAUAAGAAACAUCUCCAAGAGAGA